AUGACCCUGCUUCACACAGAGAAGUCCAAAACUGUUCUCGACCUCUACGAGCUGUUAAUGAAACUCAUUAACGGCGCGAUUGAGGGCUUCGCCGAUGCCGGGAAUGUGAAGGCCAACCUGAAGUCCUUGUACGGUGCCCACAACGCCUUCACCUUGACGUUCACCAUUGCCACUGGCAUCCAAAGAGUCUUCGGGUUCUUCACCACUUGGUUCGCGAUUUACAACCCACCCAUUCAUAAAAAUGACAGCAGAAACCGUCACAAGAUCAUCAUAUCGUCGCACUGGAUUGCUUCGAUUGUAUCUGCGCUGUUGGGGCUAUUGAGCGGCAUCUCAGGUUCUAGCAUGGCAUCCAUCGCGACAAACCAAAUCCAGGUGUGUAAAGACCGCCCACCCACUGACCAGUACAACCACGUUGUUACUGUAGAGGACGUUUAA